UAUCUAUACCGCAAGCCAUGGAGACCAGUUCCCUUCAUGUCUCAUCCUUAUGACCAAGGUGGGCCGAAUUUAUGUGAAAAGUAAGACAAAUAAGGAUGCGAAGAAGAUGAGAGAGAGAGUGAAUGAGAGCGAAAGGCGGAAAGAAGGAGAUGACUUGCCAAACCAAACGCUUCCCACCAAAACAAAAAAAAAUAAGUAAUGGAGGUGUCACAAUUGCCCCUUUGCAAACCCCCAAAUAAAUCCAGUCAUUUCCUUCCAUCAUCGCAGAAAUGGUGGAAAAAACUAAACUUUCUCUUCUUGCAGCAAAGAUGACCUUUCGUAUUUUGUACCGGUCAGACUCUCAAUGGAGAGAGAGAAAAACGGGGAAGGAAACUUCCCUUUCUUUCUCAACCUCCCCACCUUUAUUUCUCCGUUAUCUCCUCUUCCCCCUUCCCUUCUCUCUCCUCUCUCAUCUCUUCUAUAUCUUUAUGACAUCCUUGCAAGGCGGUUCGCAUCCCAUUCGAAACUUUCCUUCUUUUCUCCUCUAGCUUUUUCCUUUUCUCUACCGUCUCCUUUUUCGUCUUCUUUGCUUUUGGGAAAAUGAUGAAGAAAAAGAUUAGGGUUUCAAUGGAUCCAGCCCCAUCUUGUUCUUUCCUGGUUGGGGAGGAAGCCAUGGCGAGGAUGAAGCAUCAGUACCUGUUAGAGGAUUAUCAGGAUUUGCUCAAGGAAACUAAAGAAAAAAGGGAGAGAUUGCAGAAGGCAAUACGGAGAAAGUUCAGGCUCUUGGCUGAAGUCCAAUUUUUGACGAAAAAAUACCAGUCUCUGGCCAACAAUUCUCAGCCUUUCUCAUGCAAAUCGAAGAAAAAAUCUUACAAAACUCUCUCCCCUUCUAAGCAAGUUACUCGACCUCCUUGUCUGGUUAAUAAAGCUGAGCUGCCCUCAAAAGAAAUGAACUGCAGAUCAAAAGAGACUUCAGUCCAAGCUACUCGGAAACUAAUAGAUUUGAACCAGGCCUCCUUACCGAAUGAUGAAGAAAUUGAUUCUUUUGAUGUGGAAUGGGAGAACCUGAAGAUGGUGAAGUUGAGAAGAAGCUUGAUUGAAGGCGUAAUGGCUGAUGAUCUUAAGCUCUCAGUCUGCAGAGACAUUGGAAGCAGCUCGAACCGUUCUGGAAAGCGAAAAAUCUCUUGGCAAGAUCAGCUUGCUUUGAGAGUCUGAAAGCUACUGCUUGCAUCAUUGCUCAAACGGAUCUGAUUCUGCUAGCUUUUGUAAAAAGGGUACCAGUGUUGUGUUCCUGACAUACAGUAGUUCUAGAAAUUGAACUUAGGACUUUCUCUUUGUUCAGGUAUUUGUUUGUAUUUGUUGAUACCUUGGUUGUAGUGUUAUAAUACCUUGAUAAGUCAGCAAAGAGUGGAAAUUUAGGAACCAGGAAGGAGGCUUUUGUAAUGCUUUUCCAUUCCUGGAAGAACUGGGAGUAUUCUGUGUUGUUUACCUCUAUUUUAAAGCACUAUAGAUAUUUAUUGAUGAUUGUUAGCUUUGGUUUCUUA